CUUCCCCACUCAUCCUACCUGCCUCUUUGGCUCACCUCAUUGGAGAACAAUGUCAUCCCAGCAGCAGCAAUGCCCCUCCCAGCAGCCUCAGCAGCAGCAGGUGAAACAGCCCUGCCAGCCACCCCCUGUCAAGUGCCAGGAGCCGUGUGCUCCCAAGACAAAGGAUCCCUGUGCUCCUCAAACCAAGGACCCAUGCCCACCCAAGGGCACAGCUGUACCAUCCCAGCAGAAGUGCCCACCUGCCCAGCAGAAGUGCCCACCUGCCCAGCAUCCCAAGCAGAAGUAA